AUGACUGCCACUCAAGUCCGUGUCUUUACACCACCUCGAGCCCUUGGGGAGACUUUGGAGCAGUCCGUUCCUGCGGUUGUUGAUAGCCCCCAACCGCAGGUCCGCACCAUCCCUAGGGUUAACGGAGUCAACGGGGCCAACGGACUCAACGGCAUCAACGGGCUCAAGGCGGCCUUGAAAAGGCCCGAGUCGCCGCUGUCGAAGCAGGCUUAUCCUAGGAUCCCACCCAUCAUCCCCAGGAAGAUGCCUCCUGAACAGGGAAUCACAUUUGCCAGCCAGGACUCUCUGCCGAAGCUGCCCAUCCCGGACUUGGAGCAGACUUGCGAGAGGUACCUUGCUGCCCUGAAGCCUCUGCAAUCCCACAGGGAACAUGCCGACACCAGACAUGCAGUGCAUGAGUUUCUGAGGAAUGAAGGUCCUGAUUUGCAGGAGAAGUUGAAGCAGUAUGCGCUCGAGAAGACUAGUUACAUUGAGCAAUUCUUUGUUUUGAACUUGAACCCCUUCUUCCUUCUUGAGGAUGACCCCACCCCCGCGAGGAAUAACCAAAUCACCCGAGCCAGCUCUCUCGUGGUGUCCGCUCUCGACUUCGUUAGGGCGGUUAGAAAAGAGGAACUUCCUCCCGACACGAUCAAAGGUUCGCCGCUCUGCAUGUACCAAUUCUCGAGACUGUUCGGUACUGCCCGUGUCCCUACCGAAGCCGGCUGCCGCAUCGAGCAGGAUCCCGACUCCAAGCACAUUAUUGUCAUGUGCCACGGCCAAUUUUACUGGUUCGACGUGCUCGACGACAACUCCGAUCUCAUCAUGACCGAAAAGGACAUUGCCAUCAACCUGCAGACCAUCAUCGAUGACGCAACCCAGACUCCUAUCCAGGAGGCUGCCAAGAGCGCCCUCGGCGUACUCAGCACCGAAAACCGAAAGACUUGGUCUGGCCUUCGAGAUCUCCUCACCCGAGAGGAAGGGUCGAACAAUGCGGACUGCCUUAACAUCGUGGACUCGGCGCUCUUUGUUCUGUGCCUCGACUACACCGAGCCGACCACGGCUGCCGCUCUCUGCACAAACAUGCUGUGCGGUACGAGUGAGGUCGAGAGGGGUGUGCAGAUUGGUACCUGCACGAACCGAUGGUAUGACAAGCUGCAGAUCAUCGUCUGCAAGAACGGGAGUGCUGGUAUCAACUUUGAGCACACUGGCGUCGACGGCCACACCGUUCUGCGAUUCGCUAGCGACCUCUAUACCGAUACCAUCCUCAGGUUCGCCCGAACCAUCAACGGCCAAGCUCCGACGCUGUGGGCUUCGACGAGUCCUGAUCCUUCCAAGCGCGAUCCCGAGAGCUUCGGCGAUGUCACUACCACGCCGCACAAACUCGAGUGGGACAUGACUCCCGAACUUAGCAUCGCCGUGCGUUUCGCCGAGACCCGCCUCGCUGACUUGAUCGGCCAGAACGAAUUCGAGUGCCUGGACUUCUCAGCCUACGGCAAGAACUUUAUCACGUCCAUGGGCAUCUCCCCUGAUGCCUACGUGCAGAUGGCCUUCCAGGCCGCCUACUAUGGUCUCUACGGGCGUGUUGAGUGUACUUAUGAGCCGGCCAUGACGAAGAAGUUCCUCCACGGUCGAACUGAGGCCAUCCGUACGGUCUCGGAGGAGUCGGUCGACUUUGUACAGACAUUCUGGGCCGACAACGAAGCCCAGAAGAAAGUUGACGCCCUCAAGAAGGCAUGCCAGAAACACGUCAAAACGACUCGCGAAUGCCUUCAGGCCCAGGGUUGCGACCGACACUUGUACGCGCUCUUCUGCGUCUGGCAGAAGCUCGUCGAUGAUGAGGCGAUGAGCGACUACAGCAGCAAUUGCUACUCGUACACGUACUCCCCCGUCGACGGCUACUCGGAGCGUGAUGCCAACUCGGUCGUCGGCAGUCCCGGCAGGGAUUCGGUUCUCAACGGUGAUGUAGGCGGAGGUGGAGUCGGCGUCGGUGUUGGCAGCGCCACCAGCGUCGCCUCUGGCGGAUAUCGACGCGGUCGAGGCGAUAGCCAGAGCUCGCGAUCGCGUGAUCAAUAUUCGCAGCCGCUACCCCUCAUCUUCGCCGACCCCGGCUGGGACAGACUCAACACCACCAUCAUUUCGACGUCCAACUGCGGCAACCCUUCGCUGCGACAGUUCGGCUUCGGCCCGACGACGGGUGAGGGUUUUGGUAUCGGGUACAUCAUCAAGGAUGAAAGCCUGUCGAUCUGCGUGUCGAGCAAGCAUCGGCAGACUCGGCGGUUCGUCGACACGCUCGAGAGCUACCUGCUCGAGAUGAGGCGAAUCCUGCGUAUCACGGGGCGAAAGGCGACAAUGACUAAGAGCACGAGGGCACGCGAGAUCGACCUAGAGGGACGCAGGCCCAAGAUGCAUGCCCGGCAUAAGCCGAGGGGUAGGAUGAUUACGGGGACGGACAUGCACAGGUUGAGCAUUAACGGGACGAUGUCGCCUACGGAUGAGAGCCUUGCUCUCAGUGAGGAUGACGACAUUGGCGGAUAUGGUUUCUUUGAUGCGGGUAUGCUCCUGCAGGCCCUCAAGGCACGCGGCGAGCACGUCGAUGAUGGGGAGACGAAGCCUUCGGAGCGGGCAGCUGUGCAAGCAAGGCGGAGGGUUGACGUGGGCAAGAAAUUGAGGCUGAUUGACUACUAA